AUGCGGAAUAGGUUUUUGAACGUUUUCUUAGUGAUAUUUCCCUCGUGUCUGGGUGAUUGUGUUCAGGAUUCGAUUGAUGUGCUCGUAUUGGACUGCAUUCUCGAGGGUUACGACGUCUCGAAAGGGCCCGAGACCGACUCGCUUGUGAACGUUUCGAUGUUUGUGGAAUCGAUCGCGUCUUCCGAAGAAACGAGCCUCGACUAUAGCUUUCGUAUUCAGCUGAUACAUCACUACAUCGAUGAGAGACUCCAAUACGAUCCUGGGAAUAACAGCGUACUACAAGGUCUGAAUGCGUGGUAUCAUCUCCAUCGGAUAUGGAGACCCUUCGUUCUGGUCAUCGAGAACAGAAACAUUCUAGACUUCAAUCCUGCUGACGAUACGAUGCGGGUUUGGCCAACGGGGCUUGUAGAGUACACACGAUCGCUGGACCUCGAUCUCUCCUGUCGCACACUCCUCGAUGUGUUCCCCUUCGAUUUCCCCGUGUGCAUGAUGACCAUGACGGUAUCCGGCUUCAGCGAAAACGACGUGAAACUCAAUUGGACGGACAAGGACCUUCCGAUGAUGAGCACAUUCUUUUACAAUGCCUAUCCCGUGAGGUACACUUUAUCGGCGUGUCGCCCCGAGGAAGUCGACGUUUACAACGCCACAUGCCUGAAGAGCAUGAUAUUGUUUACACGCGAUCGUGGAUCCUAUUGGGUUACGGUCUUUAUUCCGGGCUUCAUACUGGUCACUUCAUCCUUCAUGGCUUUCUGGGUCUCAAUAAGAUGCGUCCCUCCAAGAGCAAUGAUAGGGAUGACUAAUCGUCUGACCUUCCUUUCCGCGGCGAGCUCGUUCAGGAAUCAGCUACCCAUGGUUUCGAACUUGGAGGCAUUGAACAUUUGGGACUCUGUAUCAAUCUUAUUCAUCUACGUCAGCCUACUGGAAUUAAUUAUCGUCGACCAUUUGCAACGCCACCCGAGAGACGGCCAGGAGACCGACUCGGAAUUCCGCCGGAGAGAGUUGCAGCGCGCCGAUCUCACUCAUUGGGAUCGCUUCUGUUUAUACUUCCGAAAACCAAACGCGGAGAUCGGUGCCGAUAUUGAUGCUUGGUGCCGUGGAGUAUUCCCGGUUCUCUAUUUUUUCUUCAUCAUAGGCUAUUUCAUAACUUUCCAUGGUCACUACGGAUACAAUACUGACUACACCUACGAUACAUUCGAGGCGCUCAUCAGCUAA